AAUAGGUUCAUCAAUCACAAAUUACCAUAUGCUUUUAGUUUUUGUUUGACUUCACAAACCAGUCCUUCCACAUCUAAACUCUAAAAAGAAACCUGACAUUAAUCGGUUAUUCAAAUAGACAGAUGCUUCUCUUGUAGAACCACUACUUGUUUGUUUCAACAUAAUCAUCAUACUCUAUAAUCAACAAUAUAUAAAUACUCAAAAGGUUUUGAUCCACAUAGAUUAUAAUUUACAUAUGCUAUUUUAUUCCUAACAAAUGAAAAUGGCCUCAACAUCACCAAUGCUAGUGUUAAUAACACCAAUAAUGUUGAUGCUGAUCCACAAUGCAAUGGGGGAUACAGCACAAGAGAAACAGAAAUGUGUAGAGCAGCUAAAUGGUAUUGCAACAUGUCUUCCAUAUGUUGGUGGUGAUGCAAAAUCUCCCACAGCAGAUUGCUGCAGUGGAAUCAUAGAAGCCAUAAAAAACAAGAAGAAGUGUGUUUGUCUUAUCAUCAAAGAUAGAGAUGAUCCUGACCUUGGCUUGAAGGUUAACCUCACACUUGCUCUUGCCCUUCCUUCACUUUGCAAAGCUCCAGAUAAUCUCUCUCAGUGUCCGGCACUUCUGCACUUGGAUCCUAAAUCAGCUGAAGCUCAAGCUUUCAAUCAACUUGGUCAGAACUCCAAUGGUGGAUCCAAUAGUACUAGUCCUUCUCCCCAUCCUCCUGGUGAUGACCCUUUCAAAACCAUACUUUCUUUUUACUUUUGCAAUAUUGUAUUUUCCUUCUCUAAGUUUGGUUUUACUUGGAAGCGCUUUGAGUUCCAUUGUGUGUAUUUGACAGUUGGAGAAACCACAGCAUCAACUCAUACCCUCCCAACAAACAAUGGUGCUUCUUAUAAGGGAAAGGUAUUGUUACAAACUUUGGUUGCAGAACUUCUAGUUUUUUUUAGCCUGGCUCAUAUAGUACAACAAGAUUCAUGUAAUGUUGAAACUUGAAAAUUGAAAAUAUAGUUGAUAUUGUUACAUCUAAACUAUGUCAGAAUCUGUUAUUA